UCACCAUGGCGGCCGCCAAGAAACAUAAACGCAUGGCAGCGGCCGAACCGGGGUUUUUGCCUCUAAAAUCAGAUCUGGAAGGCAGCAGUUCGGAUAUCAAACGUAGAAAACGCGUUAACAAAAAUAAAAAAAAGAACUGGAACAAAUACAGUGAUAUUCAGGAUGUGGAAGAGUUUCUGGAUGAUGUGCGGCUUCAGGAGAGAGUUACUGGGGGAUUAAUAUCUGAAAAACCAAAUAACAGCCUCUUCUUUGUGGACACUGGUGAAAAGGAGAAAGAAACAAAACCACAGACGACAGUGAAGAAGGGCAAGCAUUCAAAGCUGCCGGAUCUAAUUCUUCAGCCCGACUCACACAUAGCUGCACUGAAAGAUGUCUUGGCGUUCCAACAACCCAGUGCUAAAAAGCAGCGUCGCAUGGCAGAGAAAGCAGCCAAGUUGGUGGCCAUGGGUGUGUUGCCACGGAGAGAAAAGCUUCUUCAACUCCGCAGGGCUGCUGCUGCCAAUCGGGUGCCUGUUAAAGAACAUCCAGUGGCCAGUAAUAAUCCAGAAAGAGCCUUUUAUGAGCUGUGGAGUUCAAGUCCAACAGAGACAGCCGAUCCCUUCUACCUCGACCAAACUAAGAAAAAGCUUGUCAAGAGACCAUGUAAACUUAACGAGAAACCAUCAGUUCUUCCUGUUGUUGAGGUUAUUGCACCUGGAGGAUCAUACAAUCCAGACUUCUUCUCUCACCAGGAGCUUCUCCGCGAAGCCCAUGAGAUGGAGGUGAAGAAAAUGAAGACGGAGGAGAAGUUGUCGCAUCAGUUGGCCGUUAAUGAAGACACCGCCACCGAGGAGAGCACCUUUAAAGAGCAGGUUGAGGGUCUGAUUGAGGAAGAGGAGGAGGAACAGGAACAAUCAGACGUGGGUGCUGAAGACUUGGUCGCUGGGAAGUUUGCAACACAGGAAAAGAAAACGGAGAGACAGAGGAAAAAAGACAAAGCUGAAAGAAAAAAGGAGUUGCAAAGGAAGGCGCAGCGUCAGAUGAUUGACAGGCGGCAGCAGUUGUUCCAGCUGCGUUCUAUCCACGCCGGUCUCAAAAAGCAGGAGCAGACGAUGAAGAUGCGGCAGGCUCAGCGCAAGGUCCUACAGGAGGCAAAAAAAAGCAUGCCUCAACGACUGGGCAGACUCAAGUUCCAGGCUCCUGAUCUAGAUGUGCAGCUGAGUGAUGAGCUCGCCAGCUCUCUAUGCAGUCUGAAGCCAGAGGGCAGCAUCCUCAAAGACCGAUUUACGAGUUUACAGAAGAGAAACCUGAGAGAGAGCCAAUUAAGUUGUCUAUUUAAGAGGAAGUACAAGCUGAAGUACACAGAAAAGAGAGCCUUCAGAGAGAUAAAGUGACCUCACAGGGUUGCGUUCACCUUCCAAUCAUCCUACAAUGGAGCAGACUGCAAACCAUGAGUCAACAAAUAAUAUUGUGCUGUUCAUAAAACAAUACAAAUAAAGCUGUCAUAUCCA